AUGCACAUUAAGGAAUGUCUUAUAGAGCUCAAAAACUGCCUGAUAUACUACUUCCUCGGAAAAAAAAUAAAGAUAUCUCUGUGCGGUCUUUCUAAGUCCGGUAAGACAUCUUUUUGCAAUGCGUACAACGGGCGUAAGGUCCUGAAAAAAGAGCGCCCCACCCAUGGAUCCAGGAAGAGGCCUUUUGUCAAGAACGGGAUACGCGGGAUGUUUAACGACAUUGGCGGGGCUGUAGAGUACACAAAUCUGAUGGACUUCAGCUACCGCAGCUCGGAUGCUCUUUUCUUUUUUGUGAAUGCGUCAGAGCCCUCGGAGUUUUCAAAUGCAAAACACAUGCUCCUUGGGCUCCUCGACAGAAACAAAAAGGUAAAUGUGCCCAUCCUCAUUAUGUGCACACACAACGACAUACAUGGCUAUGCAAAGUGCCAGAACAUUGCUCUUGAGAUGUGUUUAGACUCUUUUCUUGGAAAAGACAUUUCCUGCUACUCGAUUUCUUCUCUGACCCUAUCAAACUUUGCUGCAGUUGAAGAGUGGAUUACAAAGCAUGCAAAGUAA